AUGAGCCUCGUGCUUACCUCUGGCGCCUCCAGGCCCCCGGUCGUUGAGGUUGUCGACUUGACUGAAACGCCGCCACCAUCGCCGCCGUCUUUGGGCCAUAUCGCAAGCGGAAGUCGAAAUAGCAUUGGUCAGCCUUUGCUUGAGGCACAACGCCAGCAACAUGACCGCGUUUCUGCGGGUGAAGAACCGCCGUUCAAAAAGAGACGCGUGGACCUCUCCUGGGCCGAGAAGCAAACAACUGCCUGCCAACAGGUCUCGCCGUAUGUCAGCCGAGGCUUGGCGGACCUAUCAUCAUCCGACUAUAUAAUUGAUGAGAUUGCGAUAAGAGCCGUUUCUAUAUUUGCCAAGGAUCCGGUGUUUAUUUCCCGAUUGGAUGAAAACGACUAUGCACUGCCUGCCAACGAUGAGUGGACGGCUAUAAAAGCCAAAAUGAUUGUUACAGAUUUAUCUCGGAAACCUGAAUAUCAACUUCAUCCAGUGACAGAGCCAGCAGCCGCCGAGUAUCACUUCGUGCCAGUGGAGGGUCCACCGCCAACGCAGGGCGAAGAUGCGCCUGAGGUGCAUAUGCCAGACGUCCAACAGCUGGAGACGCCCAAAACCGACAUACUCGAAAGUACUACACCUGCAAUGCACUGGAGCCGCUGGAAGCCGCUUCCCAGAUGCGGUCCAUCGUCAAACGCAUGGUUUGCUCUCGAACAACGACCUUACCAAACAGCAUCGGAUCGCGACCUCAUUGCGAAAGGUGCCAGCUUAUACCGUGACCUACAACAAGAGAUGAGUGAGCCAAUGGUCUACCAUGUGGAUUUCACUUCUGAUGAGAUUCGGCAAAUCAAGGAGUGCCUUUCGAAAUAUCUUCCUCCAAAUGCCCCUGCUAUUCCUGAGAACUUGGCGCGGCUAUGCCUUCAGUUUGAUGUUCCUUCAAUCAAUGGCACCACCCUGCCUUAUCGAACGGUUAAGGAUAUUCGGAAUUACUGCUCAGAUGUACUCGCGAACAAGGCGACACCACCUGAUAAAGCUCAAAUUCUGACGCUAGAUCCAAGCGUUCAGGAUCCUCGAUCUCAGCAGGAGAGUAGGCGUGCUAGUCGAUUGGCAACUUUGCUGCUGGCCCGUGAAACAGAAGGAAACCGUGGGUUUGGGUCGAUGCGUCAAUAUGAGAACUUUCAAAACGAAUUCAAAAAGGUCCAUGAGGAUAGCCUGACUCUGGUUGCAGAAUACACAAACUGUGCCGGAGACAUUGCGACGACAACCUGGGUUCCGGAUUGCAAUGUUCUAUGCGGCACGACGGUGCACUCUGAUAGCCAUAAUCAACAAUAUAACAAGCCUGGGAACUUGCUGCUUUGUUCGACCAAGUUGGGUCAGCUGAAGGCGUUUCCCGACCAUCGGAUUCCGCGACCGCUGGUUGACAAGGGAGAAAAUUCCACCGUGGCCAUGCGCCAAAGCCAAGAUCCGUGGCUCUACUCAUCAGUCGUGUGCUCUGAUUACGACCAUGUUCUUGGCUUGGCAUACACUUCCAGCUUCGACAAAACAGUCAAAGUUUGGAAGGUUGAUGAGACGGGCAGCAACAUGACGGCGUUGGCUACUUGGUAUUUUGGGGGCAACGUCAACUUUGUUGCCGCGGCCAAGGACGGCUCUGGACGCGUUGCUGCUGCGGCCGACGUCCCAACGGAGGCUGUUCGAGUAUAUACCAUCAACAGGAACGACAUUGCGAAUAGCUCCUACGUGUCUUUUUCUUGCACGCGUACCGAUGCUGAUGACUCUGAUAAGUGGGCAUAUUAUCCUGCCACUUUGCAAUGGGGCCGCUGCUGGAGGAGCAGGCAUCUGCUAGCUGUGGGAUACUCUCCUCGGAGCUUUUCUGGAGAAGACCUUGACAUCCCAGAAGACAAGCGGAACUCGGGAGAGAUCACUCUCUGGGACGCCGCGCUGAACCAACGAGUUACUGUUCUGACAGCGACAACGGCCAACUUUUUCGAGGUGGUUUGGCAUCCCACGUUGCCGAGAUUCAUCGCAGCAACCUCACCCUCUCAGUUGAAAGUUGUACCUGGCGUGCGGACACAGAUCCAUCUGUUUAGAGAACAAGAUGGCGCCUAUGCCGAAUAUCACAACCUUGACUGCUUUGCAGCAGAUAUAAACGAACUGACAUUCAUGCCCAACUCCUCAAGUCAUGCAUAUGUCACUGCAGCGUGCACAGAUGGUAAAGUGUACGUCUGGGACACUGCUCAAGGAGACAGCCCUGUGCACAUACUGCAGCACGGCCGCCCUUUGGACGAGUACUAUGAAGACCGAGAGAAGGAAGAUACCGGAGUGAAGUUUACGGCUUGGGGGAAUAAUUUGGAUCGAUUUUACACAGGCGCCAGCGACGGGACUGUCAAGGUGUGGAAUGUGCGUAACAAGCGCAAGCCAUACUUGCGAACCCUCCUAGAAGCUCCUGGUCCUAUCUCAUGCGGCUCUUUUUCUCCUGACCUACGAAAAUUAGUCGUUGGAGAUGCUACGGGCCGAGUGUUUUUGUUUUCUAUUGACAAGGAAGACGAGCCAGAGGCACAUUUCAUUACGAUCCCAGGUGUAGACCGCCAGCUUCGACGCCCUACGCCAUUUAUACCACACCCCGACCCAGAGCCUCCAGCCCGGAAUCCAGCAGGUCCGGAAGGCGUUUACGACGAUGAAGAUACCCAUAUUGCUGAUUUAGUGAAGCGUACUUUUCUAGACACAAGACAGAUUGUGAUCAACCCAAAUCCUACCAUUGGCGCCGUACAAGGGCCAGAAUAUGCCGCAACAGGUCUCUUCCGCCGAGAGGCGCACCUGAAUGAAGAUCCAGCAGGCCAUUUACUCAGCUACUUUGAAAGAAACCAGAGACAGAGCAUCGAAGCCAGCCGCGGUGGGUUCGCCCGCUCGGUACGCAGACUCCGCGACCCUGGAGAAGCAAAUGCCGUGAUGCAAGGUCGGCACUAUACAAACAGGACGCAGGAGCUGGAUAUAGAAGCCAUUUCUGCGGAUGAUCUUACGGAUUUACUUGCUUGCAAGGCGGAGUUGACGAUGAGUGAGGUGGAUUGCGGGUUUGUAUAUGAGGAAUUGCCGGAGGAGCAAGAAGAAGAGCAAGUAGAGGUGGAUAUGGAUACAGUGCAAUGCAAUGGGCUGCGAGCGGAUAGAUUGGGAGAUACCAUGAUAUACAGGUGA